AUGCUAGUAGACGCUCCUUACGAUCUUGAUCAUAAGCGCUACUCAUCCUCUCCAUCAUCAGGAUCAUCUCCUGCUGCGUCAUCAAUGGGCGACGAUGACCAAGACUAUAUACCAACCACCACAAUCGCAGCUAGCAAACGUACUACACGACGAUCUGCUGCCUUAUCACGCAACACCUCUGCAUCUCCCAGUAAGGGCCGAUCAGCCGGUAACGCUGUAAGACCUGUGCAGCUAGACGGUGGCUCUGUUGAAUCAUGGCAUGGUAUCAUCUCCUCCACAAGAGAUGCUCUCUUGAUCAUCCAGGCUUGUCGCCAAGGCAUCUUGCCCAUACUCAUGAACCGUCCCAAGGAUCGUGAACAGGAUAUGAUUCGAUCUGGUACUAUUAUCGUGUUUAUGGAACGUCAGUCGGGUAUGAAGAGAUGGAGAGAUGGAUAUCGCUGGACUCCGUCUCGUAUUGCUACGCCAUUCUUGAUCUACAGACAAUUGGACGAUGAACAUGAAGAUUCAGAACCAGAGUCUGCACCUCCAGCUCGUCGUAUCACAGACAUGAAUCUAAAGAAGGGUGGCUUGAUAAAGAAGGCUCUCUCAGUCUCUGUUGAUGGCACCAAGAUCCACAUGAUUUCAUACUUCACCAAGGAAGAUGAAUCAGAAGGAGCAUUGCCAUCACCCUCCAACGUCUCUACGUUUACAAACAUCAAUAUACCCAUCGAAUUGUGGUCAGAAGUACAACCAGAGACGACUGCCACCACAACCGAACCAUCUCCACGUCGUAAACCAGUACAAUCAUCCCCUUCAGAUCAGCCAUCACCAUCGCCAUCACACACUAGUGAAGAAGGAUCCGAGCCACUUAGACGGGUCAAGGCUGAAGGAUAUUCUAGUAUCUCACCAUCACCUGAAGCUGAGAAUGCAUCAGACGCGGUUGAUGCCUUCUGGGUCUUGUCUCAAGUAGCCAAUGGAACUCUCAACCCCAGCAACACUACUCUGACGGGGCUGGGGUUGAGUGGUAGCAAUCUACAUCGUAGUAAUAGUAAUGCGACUCUGGGUAGUAGCAGUAGUGGAAGUACUUCUAACACUGCUUUGGGACAAUCACCAUUUGCCCUAUACGGUAUGGCCAAUGUCUUGUCUCAACUCGGUGUACCACCAGUUAUACCAAUGGCUCCACAAAUGGUACCAACAGCCGCAGGAUAUCCUUCUGGUCUUAUGACUGGGUCACUACCAACAUUAUCGUCAUUCUCCCAAUAUAUGCAGCAACGACCAGUAGCACAACAAUCAUAUCCUGUAAUGGAUGCCAAUGCGACCAUGAGUGCUCUAACACAAGGUGGUAAUAGUCAACUAAAUAACAGUAGCAAUGCCGAGAUAGCAGCUCGACAACCUCGGCCACGAACGACUUCAUACAACUCUGUGCCAUCAUACCAUCCAUACCGUCUAUCACCGGAACGAACUCACUCUGAACUGGUUAAUAUCGCCAACCUCAACGGUAGUGUUAGUAGCAAUAGUAAUCGUCAGCCAUCACCGCCCGUGUCUCAAAAGCAGCUAUUUAAACAAGCUCCAGCCACUGUAACUCGACCAAGAGGUGUAUCUGAUCCAAUAAGAUAUCAACAUAAUGAACAGCAACAACAAACAUCUGCACCACAACCGCAAGAAGCCGCACCAGCCACAGUCGCUUGGAAUCCAGACUAUUGGAUUAGUCCAGGAGAAAUGCUAAAUAUGCUGAGUGCAAAUCGUCAGCUGCCAGCACAACCCACUGAGCCGAUACCGCCUGUAGUACAACAGCAACAAUCUAUACCAACAACAUAUGAUGGCAUAUCCGCUCAGCCCUACUUGGCUGCUGUAAUGGAAGCUAUGAUGAAUCCAGCUCAACAACAAGCUCAACAGCAAGCUCAACAACAACAGCAGGAGCUUCUACAACAGCAACGAUAUGGUAAUGGAUUUGCCUUCACAUCACCAUCUGGUAACGAUAUGAUGAUGGUUGAUGAACAUACCAUGCAACAACAUCAACAAUACCACCAACAGGCACUUCAGCAACCUCAGUGGGAUAGUGACCGUGCGUUACUGGAGGCAUUUGGGUUGAACUAUAAGAAUCAACAGCAGUAG